AUGAGUCCAUUCAAGAUAAUCAUCGUCGGCGGAGGAAUAGCCGGUCUAUCUGCCGCAAUCGCGCUACGAGGGGACAAACGUGAUAUACUCGUCCUGGAACAAUCCUCCAUAAGCCAAGAAAUCGGGGCAUUAAUCUCACUCCAACCUAACGCUUCCAAAAUCGUCGAAGACCAAUGGGGACUUGGCUCACGUCUCCGUGAGCAGGGCUCUAUGAUUGAUGAAGCCUUUGAAGUCUACAAUACCAAGGGAGAACUUCAAUCACGGAUUCCCCUCUCGGCCGUGUCAUCCAAGUACGGCGCCGAUAGAGUGUGCUACCAUCGGGCCGAUCUGCACCAGGCCUUGAGGGAAAGGGCAACAUCGCCUGACUACCCUGGCCGGCCGGUGGAACUGCGGCUUUCGAGUAGGGUCCUAGAUUGUGAUUAUGAGAGCGGUACUGUUCAGCUUGAGAAUGGUGAGACUAUUCAAGGAGAACUCGUCAUCGGUGCGGAUGGCAUCAAAAGUAAGCUUCGCCAGGCCGUGCUUGGUGAGGAUGUGGAGGCUCGUCCAACCGGUCUAUCGGCGUAUCGGAUGAUGGUUCCGACCGAUGAUCUUCUCAAAGAAACGGAUUUCAUGCAGGUCCUUGAUCCUCGGAUAUGUCGUACCGCCAUGGUCGUAGGCCAAGACCGCCGGCUCGUUAUGGGCCCUGCAAGAAAUGGCUCUGUCUAUGGUGUGGUCGCUCUCGUCCCUGACGAGAGAAUGAACGAACCUUCCAAGGACACGAGCUGGACGACAAAAGGUGACCGUGAGAAGAUGCUGAAUACAUUUUCUAAUUUUCCUAAAUGGGCUCAAAGGCCCCUUCUAUCUGCCAAAGAGGUUGGCCUGUGGCAGCUGCGUGACCUUGACCCUUUGUCCACCUGGUGCCGUGGUCGUGUGCUGUUGAUAGGCGACGCUGCACAUGCGAUGCUCCCUACUCAGGGACAGGGGGCAGGUCAGGCUGUUGAAGAUGCUGAAGCUCUUGGGGCAUUUUAUAAGGACUUUGAAAUGCUUCAUCCCGAUAGGUCUCUGAGCGAUCUGCAAAAGACCAACGAGGACAUCUUUAACUGUCGGUAUGAGAGAGCUACCACCAUACAGAUGUAUAGCCGACAAGCAGCAAAGCCGGGCACAGAUCCUACUGAGAAAAGAGUAACAAUGAAUCCAGCUGAGUUCAUGGAUUAUAAUUGUCUUUACAAUGGUGCAAUGGAUUGGAAUCGUCGACGAGAGGGGCAGGGUUCAGCAGCAGCAGUAUCUGCCUGA